AUGUCUUUCCUCACAAGAACCACCCCAAUGCUCCGCAUCGCCGCUCGUGGCAGCGGAAGCUUCGCUCCCCGCGCUUUCUCGACGUCCAUGGCGAUGAAGAAGAGUCCGGUUGAGGCGGCCAAGGACGCGGCGAAGACGGUUGAUCGGAAGGUUAGCGAUACGCUGGUUGAUGGGAUUGAGAUUGGUCAGACUGCAACUGAGAAGGCAAAGUCGGCUGCUGGUUUGGCAUCGGAUAAGGCGUCGGGUAAGACUGCUGAGGUAGCGGGUGAGGCGAAGGGCAAGGCGGCUGAGUUUAAGGGGCAGGCGAAGGGAAAGGCUGAGGAGUUGAAAGGGGAGGCGAAGGGGAAGUUGUAA